AUGUCGGUCAGUGCUAAAAUUCAUGUGUGUCACAAAUACGCGUGGGUGGGGAACAGAGAGGAGUUGGUGCAAGCAGAGCCAUCAGGCCGGAACAUUUCCGACGCGUCCACAGGCACGGCGACUGAUGGACCACGAAUGUUGGCAGGCUGUAAAAAAGCAAAGGUGAUGCGCGGGUCGAGCGGACGUUUUCUGUGUCCGCGCAACCCGCGCAACCGAGAGCUGGUGGACGCGGAGCUGCCGAGUUGCGACGCCGUGCGCAACGCUCGCUCGUUCUUCGAGUCGCGUACGCGGACAGACGAGUCCCCCGCCAAGGAUGACGACCCCUGUACUCGGACCGAAUCAUCGUCUGAAAGCGACAGCGAGAGUUCCGGCUCGUGCGACGUGUCAGAGGGCACGCGGACAGUGUCGCGGCAGGCGAUGCAGCGACUGCGCGCGCUCGGUCGCAGCGUCACCUACUUCGGCGGCCGCGUGGUGGCCGACAACCGGCCGGGCGGCGGCCACGAGCGCUCCUCGGCGCAGCGCCUGCUGCAGGAGAUCCUGCAGGCGCCGCGGCAGUACGCCCUGCCAGGGCCGGCGACGCGGGCCACGCUGGUUAAGAGCAACAGCUGCGGCAGCCGGCUUGAACUGCUUGUCAUCAGUGAUAAAUGACUUUGUGGUGUCUGCUGUCUGCUUCAUUCAUGCAUAGAUCAAUGAUCAAUUACUCAGUCAGCCCAGUUGUUGCUACCGUCCUUUGUGCACAAAGUGCUGCUGCUGGGCACAAGGGGUUGUUCGAUUCAGGGACCACAAGAUUAUUUAAUGACAAUUUGAUAUCAAAUAAAAGAAAUAUUAGUGUUAAAUGCUUAAAGACCGUCAUUGACGAAGUUUCUGAGCACACCAAUCGAUUCUUUAGAGUCGUAUUAGGUAAAGUGGAUAUUUUUCCGACCAAAAAGACGAGCGCGUAGCACAAGUAGAGCUUUAUUUUACCGCCAAAACAAUAUGAAUGCGAGAAGUGCGCAUGCGUCAGAGCUGGCUGGAUCUGACAAAGAAGUCAUUCGUACAGGCGGUCUCUCUGCAAGUGCUCAAACCAGCUCUGACGCAUGCGUACUUCUCGCAUUCAUCUUGUUCUGGCGGUAAAAAAGUUGUACUUUUGCUCCGCACGUCGCGCUGCACUUUUUGGUCGCAAAAAAAUAUCCACUUCGACCCUCAAGAAUCGAUUCAUGUGCUCAGAAACUUCAUCACAGACGGUCUUUAAGAAUUCAAGAUUUAUUCGUCUGCUAAAUUAAAGCUGAAAGAUAGUGGCUGCGAAAUUACCACAAUGGUUACCAUGUAAAUCAAACGGUAGGUCGUUUAGUCGUUUGCUGGCACAGACGUUGUGAGAAAGUAGCUCAAUAAAAGUUUUAUUCCAUCAUAUU